AUUGUCAUCUGUUUAGAUGAAAAUCAUAGGUUUGUCUCCCAGACUGUGGUCCAACAGUCUGUGUCUGCAUCAGCUCAGCUGGGAGACCCUGUGGCUCUCCAGUGCUCUAUUACCUCCCAGAGGACGGACCACAGUAACCAGUGCCAAGGGGAACCCAGUGUGUACUGGUUCAGAUCAGGACCAUCUCACCCUGCUGCCAUUUACAUGAAUGGAAACAGGAGUGGUGAAUGUCAGAAUAGUUCUGGGCCUCCGUCUGCUCCACAGAGCUGUGUCUACACUCUCCCCAAGAACAAUGUAGACUCCUCUGAUGCUGGGACUUACUACUGUGCCCUGGCAGCAUGUGGGGAAGUUGUGUUUGGAAGUGGAACUAAACUGGAGAUAACAGAACCCAACGGGCAUCUUGUUACGAUGGUGCUUGGAAUACUGUUGGCUUGUUGUCUGGCUGUGAUCACAAUCCUCUUUCUAACCAGAAAUCAAAAGUAUGUUUGUGAUCAUCGCAAAGGAACUCUGAGUGCUUCCUUCCAUGUUCCACGUGACUCACAGAUUCAGAAACAACAGGAUGGGGAAACCGAUUCCUUGAACUACGCAGCAUUGGAGUUCUCUGGCAGGAAAACCAAAGGAGGGAAGAAGAACACUGAAAGGAAUCAGGAGAGUGUGUAUUCUGCUGUGAGAGAAACCUGACACUGAAGUCCAUCAACCUGGGAGUUUGUAUCACCUCAUGAGGCUAAAGGAGGUGAUAAUGGUAGUAUUAAUCAAGACAUGCUUAUUAUUAUAUAUAGAUAGUAUAUCGAUUGUUACUUAUGUUUCGCGAUGUCGCUCUUUGUGGAUCAUAAACAGCAAAUUGUUCAUAAUUUGUGAUGUAUUUCGGAAGCCUAUCUUGUUGAUGUGCAGCAGUACAUGGCCAUGAAUAGAAUAUUAAGCAGUUUACAAAUCUUGAUGCCUAAAAUUACACUUCACAAAUGAAAAAUAAGAGACAUAGAAAUGAGUAAAAAAUAGUAAAAUGGACAGGAUGACAUGCACAGGAAAUACAUAGUGCUGACACAGCUUGCACAGGUUGAGCACUCACAGAGCAGUGAUGCUUUGCAGCUAAAACCACAAGCAUAAGGUCACAGCACUAAAUCAUUAUAUAGGCUGCACCUUUUAUAUCUCAGAGCUCAAACUUUUGAUAUCGAUUCCGUUGAUCUUGUGCCCACCCAACAUUUUUUUAUCAUGUGUGAAUAACAACACAAGGUCUUACAUACAGUAGACACACACAAAUCUAGUCAAAUAUUUCCAUUGCUGCAACGCUUGCGUGUCUUUCUUUGGUGACUAGUUAGACCAACUACAGCAAGUAGGAAGGGAACUGUGAAAAGGAGAAAGGUCCAAAGGUGCUCUCAAACUGUGAAGAUGAAAUCCCCAUUUUUUACCACAUGAUGUCAUGUUGUUGAGCCAUUUCAGAAUACAUCCCUUUGUAACAUCACAGUGUGGGAGCGUCCACUCGGCUGGGAGGAGUGGAUCGGUGGUCUGCAUCAUCAGGUAGAUGUGAGUUGAUCUGUGUGUCACACAUCUGAUUGGACACUCCCACUUGUAUGAUGUCUCAAAGUUCUGCAUUUUGAAAUGGCUCGUCAACCAGAUGCGGGCGGGUAAAUAGGGACCCAAUAUAGAACCAUACAAGACUAAGAUAACUGAAAAAUCAAAAAAGUUAAAAGAAAAAAGGAUGCAUGCGCAUCACGUAACAAUUGACAAGACAUCAGUGGUUGUGUAUGAAUGAUUGGUGAUGGGACUCUAUAAUGGAAUGAUGUUGCAUCUGAUGCUCCCUGCAGUAAAUUAUGAUCACACGUGAAUAAUAUUAAGAUAUUAAAAUCUCUGAAUGUCAUUUUGUCAACAAUUGUUAUAAGAUGGUAGCAAUUUUUGUAAUUUACUGAAUCAA